AAAAAGAAAAUCAAUCAAUUAUUGUGGAAAUGGAAAAAAAGAGUAAGAAGAUAGACCAAAAGAAAUAAAAAAGGAACGACGUCGUAUUGGGGAAAACGACAUAGUUUGAGAGGUGUGUGUGAAUCCAUUCAUCAUCGUCAUGUUGGUGAUGAGACCGGGAUGAAUGAAAAUUUAGGGCGGGUCGAAGCGGAGCUCUCAUCCCCAUUUGUUUGUGUGCUCCAUUGCCUCUCCGUCCAACACUUCUCUGCUUUUUAAGAUCUCUCUGUUUCAAUACCUUCAAGGUUAGAUCCCCUUCUCCUCACUCUUGGAGGGGGUUUUUCCCCCCAUUUCUUCCUCUAUUUCUUUUCCUUUUUAUCAUCUAGGGUUCUAUCCAUCCUCACUCUCUUUCUUUUCUGCUUCACUCCCCCCCCUGAUCUUCCAGAUCCAACAAGAUUUCAAUUCUUUCUGACGGCCCCACGUUACCUUUCAAGGGCCAAACCCCGAACCCCUUUUCUCGUUUUCCUUUUAUUUUCCCCAUUUAUUGUUCUUGGGGGGUUUUCUUUCUUUUGCCAUUUUGUUGGUUUUGUUGACAUUCGAGGUAUGUCGAUUUUGCCGAAAGGUGAAUCGAUUAAUAUCCGUGAGGUGUGGAACGAUAAUUUGGAGGAAGAAUUUGCUCUUAUACGUGAUAUUGUCGACCAGUUUAACUACAUAGCGAUGGACACCGAGUUCCCUGGCGUGGUUGUUCGCCCUGUGGGUUCUUUUAAGAAUAUUAACGAGUAUAACUACCGAACCCUCAGAGAGAAUGUCGAUACCUUAAAGUUGAUUCAAUUGGGUCUUACGUUUUCUGAUGAGAAUGGGAAUCUCCCAACUUGUGGAACAGAUAAGUUUUGUAUUUGGCAGUUCAAUUUCCGCGAGUUCAAUAUUUGUGAUGAUAUAUAUGCAAGUGAUUCCAUUGAGCUUUUGCGCGAGUGUGGUAUUGAUUUCCAGAAGACCCAUGAGGAGGGAAUUGAUGUCAAUCGUUUUGGUGAGCUUCUCAUGUCAUCUGGGAUUGUGUUAAACGAUAAUAUUUUUUGGGUGACGUUCCACAGCGGGUAUGAUUUUGGAUACUUGUUGAAAUUGUUGACUUGCCGAAACUUACCAGAGACCCAGGCCGAAUUUUUUGAUUUGAUCCAUAUGUACUUCCCAAUGGUUUAUGAUAUCAAGCAUUUGAUGAGGUUUUGCAACAGUUUCCAUGGUGGGCUGAACAAGCUUGCAGAGUUAUUAGAAGUGGAGAGGAUUGGAGUUUGCCAUCAAGCAGGAUCAGAUAGCCUCCUUACUGCCUGUACUUUCAGGAAGUUGAGGGAUACCUUUUUCAAUGGUUCUAUACAGAAAUAUGCAGGUGUUUUGUACGGUCUCGGUGUUGAAACUGGACAGACUACCAAUUGAAGACACUUCUAGUGUUUGUAGCAUUGUGAAACUUGGUUAAAGCAUUGAUGGUUGUAUCUGUUUUUCUUUUUCGCUUGUAAAUUAUGGCAGUUGGCAGUUAGUAUUUCAAUAAAACCUUAAUGGCACUCUUUCAGUUA